AUGGUCUCCAACAAGACUCUGGUCUACAAGCAGGUCCCCAAGGGCCUCCCCGUCCCCGGCCAGGACCUCGUCAUUGAAACGCGCGAAAUCGACCUCGAGAACCCCCCCAAGGGCGGUCUCAUUGUCGAGAUUCUCUAUGCCUCGUUCGACCCCUACCUGCGCCCCAAGAUGCGCGACCCCAGCAUCAAGUCGUACUCGCCGGCCUUUGAGCCCAACGACCCCAUUGUCAACGACACCGUCGCCAAGGUCGUCAAGAGCGACAGCCCCGACUUCAACGCAGGCGACAUUGUCAAGGCCUACGCCCCCCUUGCCGAGUACGCCGCCAUCGCCGACGUCAAGGGCCAGCGCGUCGGCAAGCUGCACAACCCCUACAACCUGGACCUGGCCCUCUUCACCGGCGCCCUGGGCAUGCCCGGCCUCACGGCCUGGUCCAGCCUGCACAAGAUUGGAAAGCCCAAAAAGGGAGAAACAAUCUUCGUCUCGUCGGCCGCCGGCGCCGUCGGCCAGCUGGUUGGCCAGAUCGCCAAGAAGGAGGGGUUGACCGUCAUUGGAUCCGUCGGCUCGGACGAGAAGCUCGACUUCAUCACCAACGAGCUCGGCUUCGACGCCGGCUUCAAUUACAAGAAGGAGAAGCCGGGCGAUGCCUUGAAGCGCCUCGCCCCCCGCGGCAUUGACAUUUACUACGAGAAUGUCGGCGGCGAGCACCUCGAGGCGGCUCUCGAUAGCCUCAAUGACUUUGGACGAAUCGUCGCCCAGUACAACAACGCCGGCCAGGCGUACGGCAUCCGCAACCUGAUGCUCGUCGUGGCCAAGCAGCUCACCAUGCAGGGCUUCAUUGUCAGCAACCCCGAGUUCGGCCCUGCCUACUACCGGGAGCACCAGGAGAAGCUGCAGCAGUGGCUUGCUGACGGCAGCUUCAAGGCCAAAAUGUCGUAUACCGAGGGCAUCGACCACGCUGCCGAGGGACUGGUGGGCAUGUUCGACGGCAAGAACUUUGGCAAGGCUGUCUUGCGCAUCAAGGCGUGA